AUGAGAUUUGGCAAGAAGGGAAAACUUUGCUCGAGGUACAUUGGCCCAUAUCGCAUUGUUCGACGAGUGGGUCAAGUGGCUUAUGAAUAUGAAUUGCCUCCAGAGUUAGAAUCUGUUCACCCAGUAUUCCAUACUUCUAUGUUGAGGAAGUGCACUAGAGACCCUUCACAGGUGGUACCAAUCGAUAAUGUGCAGAUGAAAGAAGAUCUAUCAUACGAGCUUGUCCCGGUAGCUAUACUAGAUAGACAAGUCCUGAAGUUAAGAACAAAGGAGGUUACCUUUAUAAAGGUCCUAUGGCGCAAUAAGAAUGUUGAAGGGAUUAUGUGGGAGGCAGAAGAAGAAAUGAAAUCGAAGCACCCGCACUUAUUCCACACUAAAGAUGAUGAUCCCGAAGAUAACAUGGCCCAGGAUGGAACUUCUAACACCUAA